UCUCCUGUAAUCCAAAAGGAGGUUUGGCAACAAGUAGUCUGACUUUCAUUGGGCUGCUAACCAACGAGUACUUUUUUUUAUUUGCAGCGAUUAUUUUUAAUCAUUUUUGUGCAAUAUUCACUGGAUAUACGUUUAGGAAAAAUGAGUACAUUUAUCUGUAUGGGUAAUAUUCGGUGUUUUACCUUAUUGUUGAUUAGAAAUAACGCGAAAUAACCCGGCGUUAGCUUGGAAACCUCCAACCGGCUGCAUUAAUACUUUAGGGUAGUUUUGUUUGUGGAUUUUAUUUAACGGUUAAAUGUCUCUUUGAAGAGUUUUGUAAAUUCGGUAUAACUCAACACUGCUGUUUUAAUCAGGUUUAGUUACAACUUAAUGGGUUAAAGUUUUUGCGUUAUUUUAUUGUAAUUAAUCGGCGUGUCCGAGCUAACAGGCUAGCUGCGUCCUGGCUAGCGAGUAAAAAAAACAACAAGUGGCUUUAGAAAAAGUUUAUAGUAGAGUGAUGUUUUUGUUUACAUGGUGUCCGGGCCGAAAGAAGAAGAGUUACUGAAACACAGGCUGGAAAUGCGGGCAGUUUUUAAAGCACUACCUCGUCGGGAGAAUUCAUAGAAAAAAAAGAAAGAGAGAAAAGCCUCUGCGCUCCAGCAUCAACAUGCUCCACUUACAGCGACAAAGUCAACAUGUCGGCGUUUAAACCUCGUUUUUAGAGACUUUCCGGAGCUUUAGCAGGUGCUGGUAGAGCUUAUAAUCCUGAAAAAGGGUUUAAAGGAAGUUCGUCCCUUAUUUUUUAAACCAGGGAUAAAUUUAGCCAAUUAAGUCCGCCGUAUUUAAGGACACGAGGAGCUGUGUGUGAGAGGGAAAUGGACGCUGUGGAUCACCCUGUGGGCCGGGAGUCGGGAUUGAGUGUGCGGGAUGAUGGACUGCUCUCUGACUCGGACAGGACCGGAGAUCAGAAUGGACACUCUGGGUUAGUGUGUGUGUCUCUGUAUGGAGGAGCUCCGUGGGGGUUCACUCUGAGAGGAGGACGAGAACACCGAGAACCGCUCAUCAUCACCAAGGUUGAAGAAGGCAGCAAGGCGGCGGCCGUGAGGCUGCAGGUAGGAGACGAGCUCGUAAACAUCAACGAGUUUCCCCUGAGUGGCUACAGACAGGAGGCCAUCUGCUUAGUCAAGGGCUCCCACAAGACUCUUACUCUGGUGGUGAAAAGGAGGAUGAAAAUGGUGGAUAUUGUAGCACAGAAAAUGCCAUCAGAGAGUGACGUUCAUGUGGCCCGGAGCUUUCUAACGAAGAUUUUGCGAAGCUCAAUGAGGAAAAAUGAACCCAUGAGCAGGCCUCACUCCUGGCAUUCCACCAAAUUCAAUGAGAACCAAUCAGACACUGCCAAAACACAGUCCACACCCUCACCAGUCUGGCAAACAAGAUAUGAUGCAAGUUCAUUCUCCUCUGACCUCGCUACUGGUUGGGACCAGCCUAAUUUGCGCAGAGUAUCGGACCAGUUCAGCUCCUUGGGCAGCAUGGAUAGUUUAGAACACGGCUCUUGCCCCUAUCCACCUGGACGCCUGUCUCCGGGCAAAUCUAACGGCAACAGUGUUGAACAUUUAGUGGGCGGAAAAAGAGAUUCUGCCUAUAGCUCCUUUUCAACCAGCUCAGGGACGCCUGAUUAUACGCUGUCCAGAAGCAACGCAGCUUCUACAGAGAAUAUGUUGUAUAAAGUUAACCAGUGGGACUCGGGAAGUCGGCCUAGCAACGGCAGACCCGGUCACAGCCUAAGUGAAGGGGCCCGACAGGAUGACAGAAUUGGUUAUCUACAGCCACCUUCAGUAAGCACUGGCCGAGAAAGCCCAAGAACAGAGGAGCAGCCAGGCUACCGGCAUUCUACUUCUGGAAGGUCCAGCAUUGCGCCUGUUUGGCAUGUUCCUGAUAUGAAGAAGGCCAUGGCACCAUCACCUCCACCUCCUGCACCACCAACACGCAGUGAUAGUUUUGCUGUGACCAAGAUUCAUGAAAAGGGUCUGGUCUCCAGUUACCCUGAGAAUCCUGGGAUUCCUACCCAGUCAAAGAUCCAGGGCAAAGGAUUAAAGACUACACCAGAGAUGUCUGAAAGUAAUCAAAGGAUUCACCAUGCAACCGAGUCAGGCCUUGAAACGAGCCAAAACUACAACCCGCAACUUAAAAGUGGCAUGAUUAAUCCAUAUGUUGCAGAUGACUGCAGUCAACCAACUGCUAUUCCAAACUCAAAUAAGAAAUACUCACCAUCCAGCACUGAUCCGUCCUACACUCGCUUAGCCUACCAUCAACGUCAGUACAGUGAAGAGAGCACUUUCCAUGCGCCGCCCAGAACCCCAUCUACAGGCAAGUCUCAGAGUUGCUAUAGCAGCAUGCAAGAGUUACCCACCAACAACCAUGCUCCACACUAUAGCCAGAACCAGAUCAGAAGGCAUGUUGCAUCGCUGUCCAGCACUACUAUUGACCAAAACCCUGACAGUCAAAGCUCCAACAGGUAUUACUGUGUCACAUCUCGACAAUCCUCUCAGGGAGGAUCCCAGGCCUCUUUAUUGCGGGUGGAGGACAGGAAUGCUAAUUCUCUGAUGGAAAUCGCUCAAAGUGGAGGUGAUAGAACUUCCAUAAGCUCCCAAGGACAGCUCAAGGACAGGUUCACCGCAUCUCAGGUACUACAGCACCCAAAUAACCAAGACGGCAAUGGAUAUUACAGACAGGUUGACAGCCAGCAUCGGGUGUACACGGCAGUUAAUAGGUCUUCUUUUGAUGAUGCAGCAACUAAAUCGUCGGAGGGAAGAGGAUUCCAGAAGCAAAACGCUGUAACAAACUCCGAGAGCCAUUUCAUCAAGCACAUCCAGCAGGGGAAGAUCAUUGAAUCUUACAGAUUGGGAGAAUCCUCCAAAGAACAUUUACCGUCUAAAAGUGAGACUACAGUAUGCCCCAUGAAAACCCCUAUGCUGCACUCUCUAUCAUAUGACAGCAGUAGAUUGGUUGACGUAGAAAGUGAAGUGGGUAGUGGUGAUGGACAACAGGAAUUCGUUGAUCCCCAGAAUGGCAGGCAGGUUCGACGUAGUGACCGUUUUGCCACCACAUUGCGAAAUGAGAUCCAGAUGAGGAGAGCUCAGCUUCAGAAGAGUCGAAGUGCCGCAGUCCUGAGUGGCUCAGCUGAUCCUGAAGAAGAGCCUUCCAUUUGGAAGUCCACAGAUAUCUCUUCAACUUCCUCUGAAGGUUCCUUCCGUGGUGCCUAUAAAGACCAUUUGAAGGAGGCCCAAGCUCGAGUCCUUAAAGCUACUUCUUUCAGGAGGAGGGACUUGGAGCCAGUGCUACUAGAGCACCCAGGAUCUGAAGUUCUGUCCAUUUCCCGCAAGGAUACACCUUCUCUGCCAAGCGUCUCUGAGGUCCCUUCAAGUAAGCCUGCUUCGGGUACAAACAACGUGCCCCGUAUAUGUGGCCGAAAACGUUUUCCCGUAGAGAAGAAAGUACGGUCCUUCUCUGAGCCUGAAAAAAUUAAUGAGGUUGGUGUUGACGAGGAGCCAAUUGCACAAGAUAAUGACGUAUUUUUAGUCAACAGGCAUAAAGUCUUUGAGGCAACAGGAAAACCUGCUUAUCGCAAACCCAUGUUGAAGAAAAAUCUGCAAAUAUCAGAAGACUCCAGAUUGGACAAGUCUGGAGAAUCGUUUCGGUCUGGACAAAGUGAUAUUACCAAGAAGGUUAGCAACAGUAAGGCAACAGAUAGUGGAUCAAAUUCCUCACAAAGACUGGGCACUUUUGCAGAGUAUGAGGCCACAUGGAACAUACAGAGAAAAGUGGAUCCCAGAACGUCUGGAAGGUACCACUCGGCUGAUAACAUCCUCGAUCCAGCAGUGGAUGAGCAGCAUAAGCCUGCCUAUUACCAUGAAAGGUCACGCUCCUCUCCCUCAGAGGACUUCUAUGGCCAGAACAUCCCCGUGCAAGGAAGGAAGUCAGCUGAGUACUACCCACCUGAGAGAAAACACUCUGAUCAUGACAACUCUGCAUCGAGGUUAAGUGACGGAGGAUACAAGGAUUUAUUGCCCAAGCCGAAUCAAGAACCAGCGCCACUUUUGACAGGAGGCGAGUUUGAGAGAAACGUCUCAGAUCCACCAUUCACUCGUAAAUCUCCUCCACAACCUGCUGGUCCUUCUCAACAUUUCCCCGAUCGUAGCAUCCUCACUGAUCCACCUUCGAACGCAAAAAACAACGGCUCGAUUUCUCCGAGACCUCCUCCGACACGCCUGGACAAGUACAAAUGCCCCGAGGCCGCUGCUCCUCUCUUGACCUCAUGGGGCGAAACCUGUGUCUCUCACUCUCCCAUUAAAGACACCCCAAUCCACGCCCCAGUGUCCUGGAAGGACCCGGAGCAUAGCAAGGGUCCAAAAAGAGAGGAGGAGACUCAACUGGAGACCAUACCCCUUCCUCCUCCUUCUUUUCCUCCUCCUCCUCCUCCUCCUCCUCCUGAGUCUCCUGCCCACCUGACUCCACCCAGCAUGGAAGGGCAGCGUUCGCCAUCACCUCACUUCGCUCCCCAGAGACUGACUGACAAGCCCCCUGUCCCUGUCUCCCAGCAGGAUGAAGCCACAGGAAGGAUGGACAAGGUGAUUGACGACAGCACCACUGUGAAAAAAGUGCCCAUCAAGAUCGUCCACUCUGAAAGCAGUACAGAGAAAGAAAAUCGACAGUACCUUCACCCAAGCCCCGAGACACCCCUCAGCUCACGGCCCGCAGUCUUGUCUCUGUCCAGUCUGGAAGCCCCAGAGCAAUCCUCCUCUCCAUUUUGCACAUACACACGUCAAAGAGAGCAGGAAAAUGAAGCCAUGGGCCCUCAGAAGGAGCAGCAGCUUCAGACUGAUGUCUCGGGACCUCAGGAGCCACAGAACGACCCCUGUGUGGAUCAGCGCAGUAACGGAGUCUCCUCGGCCAGCCUCAGUGCUUCCUCGCACUCUGAGGAAGAUGAGAAGAGAGAGGUGUUGGCCAGAGACAUCAUAGACAGAGAUAAGUCCUUGGCAGACAUUUUGGACCAGAGUAAGAGGAGGACCACUAUGGACUUGAUGGAAGGGAUUUUCCCAGAAGGAGAGCAGCUGGUUGAGGAGGCGCACCAACGCAGGAGAGCUGCACCCAAACUGACUCCCUCACGCAGCUCUGAAGAGAGGAGAGAGGAGGAGAGCAUGGCAGCGGUGGCGGCCACAGCAGCUGCUCUGGUGACCAGCUCAGCUUAUUACAGCACGUCGGCUCCCAAAGCAGAGCUGCUUAUUAAAAUGAAGGAUAUGCAGGAGCAGAGUGUAGAGCUCGAAUCAGAAGAGGAACUGGAGGAGGAGAAUGACACUGAGCUCGCCAACAAGAAGCACGAGCUGAUCGAGAGCCUGAGCAAGAAGCUGCAGGUGCUGCGGGAGGCGAGAGAGAGUCUGCAGGAGGACAUGCAGGACAACAACGCUCUGGGCGAGGAGGUCGAGGCCACCGUGCAGGCCGUCUGCAAACCCAACGAGCUGGAGAAAUUCCGCAUGUUCGUCGGGGACCUGGACAAAGUGGUCAGCCUUCUGUUGUCUCUGUCUGGACGACUGGCGCGUGUAGAGAACGCCCUAAACAGCCUGGAGGAGGAUGCACCGCUCGAGGAGAGGCGUACCUUGACGGAGAAGCGCAAGCUGUUGAUCCGGCAGCACGACGACGCCAAGGAGCUGAAGGACAACCUGGACCGGCGAGAACGGGUCGUCUACGACAUCCUGGCCAGCUACCUGCAGGAGGAAAACCUGGCCGACUACGAGCACUUCGUCAAGAUGAAGUCCGCGCUCAUCAUCGAGCAGCGCAAACUGGAGGAUAAGAUCAAACUUGGCGAGGAACAGCUCAAUUGUCUGAUGGACAGUUUACCUCCAGACCAGAGGUCACACUUCUGAGAAAUGGCAAAUGGACUUUACACUCUAAAGUGAUACUGCGUCCCGAUUUCAAAGUCAGAACCGAUCUAAUCAGACUCCGGCAUUGCUGAGACCCUCAUGCUGCCGUUGUUUUCAGAGCUGUACCACUUCUUGACUGUUUUAGAACCACAACUGACUUUGGGCUGCAUCGUUACCGUUCAGUACUGUGAUUAUCGUGAUUAUAAGCCAUGCUGUACUGGAUGAAAUGAAACAUUUUAAAGUGCUUAACAUAACUUGUUAAGACCAUGAAACUGUGUAUCUGACGUAUUACCCCGGCCUCGUCUCAGUUACUCUUUCAGUGUCCAGUGUUUCUGUAAUUUCACUUUUUGACCACUAGUGGGCGGUGGAAGAUGGUUACAUUUGGCUUGCCCACAAGGUACAAAUCACUUUCCAUUCAUCCCUUACACUAGCAUACACGUAGAAGACUCUAACAUGACCAUUUACAGCUCGUAUUCCGAACCCUUCUCCCAUAUUGAACUUUUUUCACUAUGGUGCAUUAUUUCCUAUCGCAUCGGUCACUGCCCUUGUCAUGUUUAAAACAAUUUCAUGUUGGGGUUUUUUUUUUUUUUAUAGUAAUUUAUUGUAGACUUUUAAAUCUGUAAAUAAGACCUAGAAUAUGUUAGUAUUUACCCUUUCACUUACUUGGUCUUAGCCAGAAAACAUUCCUUUUAGCUUAAAUGUGUUUUUAAAAAGGAACGUGUUUAUAUACACAGUAAAGAGUCACGCUGGAAUUAGAGCCACCUCAAAACCUGUUAUUUGUCAAGUAUUUGAGGGACUACCUGAGCAAUACAAUAUUCUCACUGACAAUUGAAUGCUUGUCUAUAAAAUACUGACUGGCUUCUGCUCA